GUUUUACUAAGCUCUUUGAACAACCACAACACCAGCUUUACAAGUUAGAAGAUGGAUACUACUACUGUAUUGGAUAAAUAUACCCAGGAUCUAUCGAACCUACCGCUUGAAGUGAAGCAUUUGCUUCAAGAGUUAAAGAAUAAAGAUAUUCAAUUAAGUGAGGCCAGAAAACGAUACCAAACCAAAGAUAACCAAAUACACAAGUUUAUAAGGUCAAAUGGGACAUUGACAAAGCAUCCCAAGGAGCAACAGUUGUAUAAUAAGAUUGAGGAGGAUAUGGAGACGGUCUCCAAGUUACAGAAGGAGAAAAUAUUAUUAUCUAAUACUGCAUUAUUUUUAAUAUCAAAACAUUUGUAUAAUUUUGAAACUGAUAUUGCUAAACUUGAAAGAGAUGAGUUGUUACCACCAAUAGAGAGUGUGUUAGAGGUCGAGGUAGACAAAGAUGAUACUCCUAGUAUUAGUACUCCCAAAGUUAGUGUAUCGAUUGGAGAAGUUAAAAAAUCGAGUGGAGUUAAUGGUAGCGGGCUCAAGAGAAAGUCUAUUAAGAUGAACGGAUCCACUAGACCAAACAAAAGGGCCAAGUCGGAAGAACUCGAUGUUAUGAAUAAAAAUGAUGCAUAUAAUCUUGAAUCUUUGGCCAUGGAGUCUAAAUUCGAAAAUGAUAGUCUUGGAGUUUCAAUAAAUGACGCUGGUAUUGGUGGUGGUCCUUUGGAUGCUACUGGGUCAGCAAACUCUGCAUCCUUACAAUUGCAUAGUGGAACCACCCCGGCAAAUGGAGAGGAUGCUGAUAACCGAUUAUAUUGUUUCUGUCAACGAGUUUCAUUUGGCGAGAUGAUCGGAUGUGAUAACGACGACUGUAAAUAUGAAUGGUUCCAUUGGUCUUGUGUUGGAAUCAGUUCACCUCCCAAGGAUGAUGAUAUAUGGUACUGUCCCGACUGUGCUCCCAAAAUGGAAAAGAGAAAGAAGAAGAGAAAGACUUAAACUAGUGAUUCGGUAAGGUACGAGAUUGCCAAGUGAGUAUCCAGACCAGUCUACAAGCAUACCAGGAGACUACUAGUAUAUCAGUAUAUCAGUAUAUCAGUAUAUCAGGAUACCAGGAGACUACUAGUAUAUCAGUAUAUCAGUAUAUCAGGAUACCAGGAGACUACUAGUAUAUCAGUAUAUCAGUAUACCAGGAUACCAAUAUACCAUUAUCAGUAUACCAUUAUCAGUAUACCAG